AUGCUGAAAUCGAGUGAAAAGAAGUUUGCUCCUGUACCUAUUGGCACUUCUGUACGAAUUGCAGUUCCAGAGGUUGACAGAGGACGUGGUGAUGCCCAAAAUAUUAUAGGUGUAGUUUUGGCUAAAACCGAUGAUGAGCUUUAUCAAAUUGGUACCAAGAACGGAAUCUUAAAACAAUUAUAUUCUCGAUCUCAGAUUAAUGUGUGUCCAAGAGCUCUUCUUGAUGCAGAGGAUGUACCGAGUACGGAGAUAGCACUACGGUCAGUUGCUAACCUACAAUCCACUGGAACCGGCCAGGGAUUUAAAAAGUGCCAUUGCAAGAAAAAACUGUACUACAGCAAGAUGUCUGUGCUAUAA